UAUUUUAAAAGAAAAUAUAUAAGAUAAUUCAUUUAUUUUACUAAUUUCUAUUUAUCAGAACAAAAUCUUUUUAUAAGGAUAGACUAUAAACGAUAAUUCUUUAAAAUGGAUUAGUAGACUAUUCAUAAAAAUAAAAGAAGCAUUGCUUAUAUUAACUCUGUAAAUAAGUGGUGGGGAGCAGAUAUUAUAUAUGAUAGUUUUGGUUUGAAUUCUAAUUAUGAUAUAAUUAUUUUAUCAUUUUGGUUAUCUUAAUAAGGGGCAUUUGAUGCUGUAAAAUUAUAUGAGACUAUUUACUAGAAUUUAGGCACAGAGUAAUUUGGGUGCAGUAAUUCUGAAGUUUAAAAGAACAUUUUAGAUUUAUUUCAUUAGAAACAGAAGAAGUUAUUUAUUGCUGCAUUUGGAGGUACUGAUUUCCCUACUUCAUAAAACCCUCUAGAUGUAGCUAAUAAGCUAUCUGAUUGGAUUAAAAGCAAUCCUUACAUAGAUGGAGUUGAUAUUGAUUAUGAAGAUAAUGAAGCUAUCUUAAAUGGGACAGGAGUUUAAUGGUUGAUUGCAUUUUAAUAAUAGAUAAGAUUUAGAUUAGGAAACAAAUACAUAAUUACUCAUGCUCCAUAAGCUCCAUAUUUUUCUAAAUAGUACUACUAAGGAGGAGGUUAUUAUAAUCUGCAUAAAUAAGUAGGGAAUUCAAUAGAUUGGUAUAACAUUUAGUUCUACAAUUAAGGUGACUCAAAUACUUAUGAUUCUUUUGAAAAAUUAUUUGUUUGCAGUGGACCGCCUUUUUUAGAAACAUCUUACAGGGAAAUCAUUUAGAUUAAUUAAAUUCCAAUUGAGAAAUUAGUUUUAGGAAAGCCAGCUACAAAAUAAGAUGUUUAUAACACUGGAUAUGUAAAUCCAUAUGAUCUUGGGAAAAUUAUUAGAUAUGCUGAGAUAAAUCUACAAUUUUAAGUCCCUGCUUUUUUUAUUUGGCAACUGAAAAGCGAUAGCUAAGGCAUUUUUAUAAAUUCUUUCUUUGAAGGAUAUAACAAUAUCAUAAAAAACGAUAGUCAAAAUAGUAUUUAAUAGUACAAUACUAAUAAUCAAGAUAGAAGCUAUUAACAACAAAUCUAUUAAAAUUUAACAAAUCCUAAUUCAAAUAAAAACAUAAUUGCUCUUUAAACUAAUUAGUUUAAUAAUCAGUCAAACCUAUGUAAACUAAACAAUUAAACUGUUUUUUGUGAUUUACACACUUAAAAUAAAAUAUUAUCCAAGAUAGCUUAUAUAUCUUAAAUGAAAUCAUGGUGGGGACCAACCGUAAUUGACUCUUUCGGAGGGAAUUCUCUUUAUGAUAUAUUAAUCAUGAAUGUUUGGGUUUCAAGUGGAUAGGGUUUAGAUGUUCUACAUGCUUAUUAGAAUAUUUACAAUUAUUUAGGAACCAAUUAGUUUGGUUCAAAUAAUUAAUAAGUACAACAAUAUUUAAAAUAAAUUUUCUCAAAAAAUUCAAAAAAGCUUCUUAUUAGAUUAUUUGGUAGUUCUGAAUUUCCAACAAGUAAAAACCCCUCAACUGUAGCUCUUAGUUUAGUGUAGUAUUUAAAUUUUUUACCAUUCAUAGAUGGGGUUUGCAUAGACUAUGAAGAUGAGCAUGGAAUAGGAACAGGAAAAGGAGCCACUUGGCUUAUUGAUUUUACAAAAACUCUAAAAUAAAAUCUAACUAAUAGGAACUUGAUCAUCAUUUAUGAAGCAUAAGCCUCUUAUUUUUCUAGGUAAAGUUAUCCUUAAGGAGGAUACUGGCUAAUAAACUCAUAAAUAGGGAACUUAAUUGAUUUUUAUGAUAUUUAAUUUAAAAUCUAAGAAAUGUUAAAUGAUCAUUAAUGUGGUUAGCUUAAUUAGUUAUCUAUUUAUAAAGAAAUCAUUUAAGAUUGCAAAAUUCCACAAAAUAAAAUUAUUUUCAAGUCUAAUAGUUAAAGUGCAGGAUAAAUUAAUCCUGUCUAACUAGGAAAUUAAUUUAAAAAAACUUAAAAAGAAUAAUAACAAUAAAUUAUUUUUGGAUACUCUGUAAAUUAAUAUUAAAAUGAUUCAAGCUGUCCUUUUUUGACUUAAUUUUUGAUAGGAUAUAAUUAAUGA